CCUAAGACAGAAAUGUUCACCCUUCUUACUGUAUAUUAAGUAUUGCUCUCCCUUCCCAUGGCUGUCUGUGCUUCACUUGUCCUCUGUUUCUCCUUCCCUCUGUCACUUCGGUCUGGGUCACUGCUCUUGAUGGUUCCCUCUGUGUCUGUAUUCUGACCUCUGACUCUCUGUCUCUCAUCUGGCUUAGUCUCUGUCUGAUUCUUUCCUUACAGUUUUUGGCUUCUGCAUCUCCCUGGCUUCAGUCCCCCCACCUAGAGUCUCUGUCUGCAGCCUGUGGCAUCACAUCUCCCCCAGCCCACUGUCUCUGCCCGCCCCUCCCUGCCUGACCUGUGUGGUUUGCCUGGGUCCACGGCCCGUCACUCCUCUUUGUGCACUUUGUGCCUCCCUCAAGCCACAAGGUCUCUGCCCUUAGUCACACAUUCUGUGUCUGCUUCCAUCUGCACCCACCCUGCCCGCUCUGUGUGUCUGGUCAGAGACGGACAUCAAGUCACCAGUGACAAAUCUGCUGACAAAAUUACCCGGAACACAGAACUCUUCAGAAAAACUGUAUUGCUUUCUAAAAGUGAUCAGAAACAUCUAAAAUAUAAAUUCAUUAGUACCAAGAUGAAAAUUCAAAGUGAACAUUAGGUACCAUAGGCAGGCCAGAUAUUUUCAGUGUAUAAAAUGCCAAGAUGUUCUAAGUUAGUUAUCAGUACUUUAAAAGAAGUCAUAGUAUUUUUUUAAGUUUUUGUUUCAUCAUAUUUUUAAAAAGAUAGCCCUUUUUUAGAGGAAAAUAGUUCUAUUUAAUGAUAAAUUUUGAGAGAUAAUUUGAUGAGUGAGUUCAGUUUUUAGGCACUAGAAUUGAUUUAACAGAUACAUGAUGUCUAAAUAUUCCUUGAGAAUUGGUAUGGAAUUUCUGUCCAUAUUGUUUAUUAAUAUCCCUUCACUCAUACGGAUCUCACCCCCAAGUAUUCAAUAUGUUAUGCCAAUAAAUAAAGAAAUUUUAUGCCAGCUAGUGUAUAGAUAUUUUGAAUAAUCUCAUGACACAAUCCUUGACAGAAUUCAGUUGUAUUACAUAAUUUCUUAAUUUCUAAAAUACUUAGAAGUUACUUGUUGAAAAUUUGGGCAAAGAAACAUAAACAUCAUUUUAAGCUUUGUAUAGCAAAGAUGUCUAUAAAUGAGACUCUUGUAAGAGACCUUAAAUUAAAAAUUGCUAAUAAUCGACUAAAUUCAGUAUUGGCUUAGAGAUUCUUCUAGUUUUAGCAAAUACUUGAGGUAUGUUUAGAAAGCAAAUACAAAUUAUUUCAGAUUUUUACUUUUAUUUCCUUUUAAUAAAUUGCCUUCAAAAAAUUUUAGUGUUUCUUCCCAUUUUAAUUUAUGUGGCAAAGUAGCCAUACCUUUCCUGCUUAGUUUCCACAAGGAAAAUGAUUAAGCUUUGAAAAAGAGAUGGUUGACUUAAGGCCACAAAUACAAGUGUUUAAAUAUAACCAAUAUUUGGGGCACCUGGGUGGCUCAGUCAGGUAAGCAUCUGACUUCAGCUCAGGGCAUGAUCUCACGGUUCAUGAGUUCGAGCCCCAUGUUGGGCUGUGCACUGACAACUCAGAACCCGGAGCCUGCUUUGGAUUCUGUGUCUCCCUCUCUCUCUGCCCCUCCUCUGUGCUCUGUCUCCCUCUGUCUCUCAAAAAUAAAUAAACUUUUAAAAAAAAUUUUAAAAAUAAACAUAACCAAUAUUUGAGAAACAUUAGUGAGAAAUGGUGGGAAAGCUACUUGUGGAAUUAGAUGAUAUGCAGUUUGAAUUUUAUAGUGAAAGUACAGUCUUCUAUAACCUUUGUAGUUCCAAUUUUUGCAGCACCAAUAUGGAAGAACAGUCUCUCAGAGUUACUUCGUUUUGCUUUUCUUCAGAAAUAACAUCAAGCAUAUAAAAUCAACAUAUGUGGCAAAGCCCAAAUUUCAGAAAACCCAAAUUUAGUUAUUUUUACCAAUUAAUAAUUUCUAAUUAAUUAGUUUCCCCUAAGAUUAGAGCCUAACUUCCUAUCUUUCCACAAACUUGAGUUAUUCUUGGUUGUUUUGAGGCAAGAAACUAACUGUAAAUAUGUGUUCCUUAAUUCCAUAAAGAUUUAUUGAGCACUUAAUAUGUACUAGGCACUAGUCUAGUCUCUAACAGUGUAAAGAUUGCUAGAUGUACCUCUUGCCCCUCAAGGAGUUUGUGGUCUCCUAGCAAAAAGUCUUCUGUUUAUUGCAAAGAUUCUUUUUGUUCCUAAAUAGAGAGUGUUAUUGAAAUAUAUGGAGUGGGGAGGAAAGUUAAGGACAUAUGGUAAACUCCUUCAGGACCCAAGAGUAAUUCUUAGUUCCCUGACAUCCUCCUUUAUUGACUGGUACCCCACUGCCACGUAAGAGUUAGCGCAUCUUCUGAAACUGUCCACCUUCCUUCAAUGCUAUUGUGAGACCCUGACUUUUUACUUCAGAUACCUGUUUCAAAUGAAUAUAUUACUUGUCAUUUCAAACUCUUUAAUGGUAGUAAAUCGCCACUUAUGAGUAAAAGCUUUGGAUUUGUCAUGACUGUGGGUAGUUUGUAUUCUCCCAAAUAUGUAGGAGAAUUAAUUGUAUAAUAUGAUCAGAUGAAGAUUUAUAAUCACACUGCCUAUAAAAUAGGGAUAACACUAGUACCAUCUCAUCGGGUUAUGGUCAGAAUUAAGUGAAACCAUCCAUAUAGGACUGUUAAAAUUCCUGGCAUAUAGUUGAGGCUCAGUAAAUGUAGUCAUUCUUCACUUUGCAUGGUCCCAAAUACCCAAAUUUCAGUUACCAUACUUUAGUUAAAUAACGCCAAAUUCCACCCCCACACACACACACACAAAAAAAAAAAAAAAACAAGGUUCACAUUUCAGUUACCCCAAUGUAUUAACUGUGAAUAAUUGCAUUCAGUACAAAUCUCUAUGUAAAUAACAGAAGCACAUCGUGAUCAGCAGCCAGUCACAUCACUUCUUUCUAAUUUUUCACUGGCCACUGCAUAUCUGUUAUUCAGUUUAUGCACAGAUAGCACUAUCUUCCACUUUAUAAAAAUAGAUGGCCAAAAGAGACCUGGCCAACAAAGAUGAAAGUGCAGCAAAGAAAUGGAAUGCAGGAAGUAAAACUGUAAAGUGUUUGUGACGAAAAAGAUGAAGAUGUCCCGGAGAGAGUGACGCUAGCAAAAAACACUCCACGUGAAAUGAAUGCUCAGAGGUAUUUCACGACAUUGGAAGUGCGAAGGAUAAAAUGCUGGAAGCUGAUCCAAACUUAAGAGUAUGAAAAUUAGCCAAGGCGUAGAAAAGAUUUGCUUGAACUCUAUCAUAAGUUCUAUGAGGAGAAGGCAAGCACUGUUCAAACAACUUUGGUAAGUUUUUUACCAAGAAAUAGAACAUUUUCAUUCUCAGUGUUUCUAAUGUUUUAAAUUCUUUUUAACAUUUAUUUAUUUUUGAGAGAGCGAGACAGAGCACAAGUAGAGGAGGGGACACAGAAUCCAAAGCAGGCUCCAUCCUCUGCACUGUCAGCACAGAGCCUGAUGCAGAGGCCCUAACUCACGUACCGCAAGAUCAUGACCUAAGCUGAGGUCAGACGCUUAACUGACUGAGCCACCCAGGUGCCUCUGUUUCUAAUGUUUUAAAUUACAGUGUACUAAAUACAGUUGUUUUUACCAUUUUUUUUUAAUUCCCCUACUCGCUUUUUGCUGGCCACAGGUGGAUUUUUAUGUUUUGACCAAAAAAAAAAAAAAAAUUUAAGGUCAUGGAACAGCCAUAGUUUUUCCCAUUGAUUGUCAUGAUAACUGUGCAUGGUUUCAACUUACAUGGUCAUUUUUUAUAGUCAUUUUAUUCUGUGCAGAGCAAGGACUUCCUAUAGUUAUUAUUAUUAGAAAUUGGUUUAUCUAGCAAGUCAAGUUCUACAGUUUUAGAGAAAUUGUUCAGUUUUUCUCAAUAUUGAGAAUUAAAAAAUUUGUCAUUUCUCUCCUGCUUAUAUCUUUGUAUUUUCUAGACUAAGUCCUGAUUCCAGUCAUGUCUUUUCACAGCGUUAACUCUUAGAGCCUCCCCAUGCAUCUUCUAUUGAAAUACAGUAUUUAUCCUCAGUUUGCCUGUUCUUUAGUAUUCAACCUCAUUUCUUCAUUGUCCUUAAUCUACUAAAAUUCCACACUGACGCUUUUCCCUUUCAUUCUUCUUGCUAAUGUCCUGUUCUUCCACACUCCCUGAAAGACGCUUGGUUCUUUAAUAAAUUGUUUUUCUUUCAGAAUGACACCUGCCCUAGAACAUAUCCCUGUGAGAAACUUCUUUAAAUUCAUUGGUUUCUUCCUUAUGUUUCAUCUACAUUCCUGUCAAUCAUAGAAGACAAAUGUCUUUCUUGAAUUUAAAUUAUUACAAGAAAUUCUGUGUAAGCAAAAUGUAAAAUUCUAGCUGGAAGUUAACCAAGUUAACACUUGGAAAUGAUGCCAUGAUUGGCAACAAAAUAAAAAUUAAAAAUAAAUGCUGUGCAUUUUCACUAUAUACCUUUUUAUACUUCUGGAGCCAUGUGAAUGUAGAGUUGGACAUUCCAAAAAACCGUUAAAUUUUCAUUAAAUACAUAAUGAUAAUUGAAAUCUUGCUUUCAGUUCUCCAUUCACACAUAGCUGCUUUGACAUAAUUGCUUCCUAGAGUUCUGAGGCUUUCAGAAGGUGAAACCUUCAUCUCCCUGAUGUUAUGUGCACAUACCUAGAAUGGAGAACAGGCUACUGAGAGCUGCAGUGAACUCUAGAGAAAUAAAUGUGGGUUUGGGCAUGAGUGUUCUGCUCAGAAGAGACGUUGAUAGCCUAGUUGGUUCUCUUUAAGACCUUUGGAAUCAUAGUGAGGUGACUUUGAGGAGGAUUCAGGUAAUGACUUACUACCUCACUGUCUGAAACCAGGGACUUUGUCAGGUUUAAAAUGCUAAAAGGAGUUUUUAAUUUAUAUAUUUAGAUAGAGUUACUGUGUUGGAACUUAAAAUUUUAAGUCUGGUACUACCUCUUUUCCGUGGUCGUUACUGCAUUUCAUGUUACUGAAUAUAAGUGUUCAUUUUUCCAGAAAAGAUACAAGUGUCUCUGUUAGGUCUGCUUUAGUUCAUAGUUUCCUAAGGAGAUUCCAGGGAAAUUCAGAGACUCCAAAUAUUGCGAUGGUAAUGGCACCAAGAUCAAUUAAUUUGGAAUUUCUUUAACAAAAAAAAAAAAAAAAAUACAGUGCCUAAAAGAAUUAUCUCCUAUAAGCAGAAAUUCUCCUCUACUUCUCAUUUACUUCUCUGAGGCCAUGUCACCUCCUGAAUUACUGGUUUCAUUGGUCAUAAGUUGUCAUUUCUGUUAGGUGUAUUUUACUACUCAAUAUAAUGGAAUAUUUUUCAUUAAACAAGUUGUGUAUCUCUUGCUCUACAGUGUAAGGAGAGUACAAAUUUGAAUGCAGAAGAACAGUGACUAGACUAAUCAAUGCAAGAACAUCCUUAAAGCUUUUCUUGUGUAACAAGGGCAAACUCAGCUAAAAAGUUUGUUUAAAUCCCACUUGACAUAACAAGAACCUUUACACUUUAUCUAUCUGUGACUAUCUGUGAAUAUACCUGACUCAUCACCAGAGUGCCUUUCAACUCAGCCCUGCUCAGCUCAGUUGCUCUUCCUGCCUUAUAUAGAUAGACAUUUAAAAUUCUUUGAGGCUUCUGGUGAAGGCUGUAGAGUUUUUAUAUUUAAUAUUAUUUUAUAGCACAGGAAGUUCAUAGUUCAUGAACACUGCAGCUCUACAAAAUAUAAUGGAAGGAUUUUUCCCCAUAUACGCAAAACCACUUUGUAGCCUCUGGCUAUGUGGUUGUUUUACAUCUGUGUCAUGAACUUUUACUUCUAAGCAGCAAUUAUAUCACAGCAGAGUCAUUUUUUUUAAUAACAAAAAGAAGUAACAACAACGAAAAAAAAAGCCCUUCAUAAUCUGAAUCUGAAAGUAAGAUAAUGAAGAGAUUCUAUGUUGGUAGUCCUACUACAUUCUAGUUUUUCUCUACAUAUUUUAUGAGUAAAGCGUUUGGCAAUACUGUUAUUCAUCAGUAGCUGUCCUUUCGCCCUGUUCUUGUCUUCUACUCUCUCCUGUGCUGAACAGUGCUAUUAAUCUAUUUUACGCAUUUAUUUCUUUUUUAACAUUUUUAUUUUUUAACGUUUAUUUAUUUUUGAGAGACAGAGAGAGAGUACAAGCAGGGGAGGGGCAGAGAGAGAGAGAGAGAGAGAGAGAGAGAGAGAGAGAAUCCAAAGCAAACUCCAGGCUCUGAGCUGUCAGCACAGAGCCUAAUGCGGGGCUCCCACAAACGGUGAAAUCAUGGCCUGAGCCAGACGCAAAACUGACUAAGCCACUCAGGUGCCUCACAACUUCAGUAUUAUUCUGUGCACUUUACCUGCAGGUACACUUAUGUCUUAAUUGCUUAAUUUGUCUUUGAUGCCUCACUUUGUCUUAAUGCACUUUUUUACUUAAAAAUCCACACAAAGGUUUAACGGUUUAAUCAUUUCCAUGUAUUUUGAGGUAGUUUUCAAUGAACUAAAUUGUUGUAAUGUGUGGUGUUGACUCUCACUGGAAGUUGCGAGGCAUCUUUCCUUACUAUCCUCAGUUGCCACAGUUUUCCUGGAUGCCUGACUUUACUUCCUAGACCCAGAGAGAAACAAACCUCCAAGUGCCUGGAUCUUGUCUCCUACCUUUGCCUUUUGUCCUGCUCCUUGACUAAUGUGGUUCUUGGGGACCUACACCUGCCCUUCAGGUGAACAGUACCUUUACACCCUGAUGCAUGGUCAGUGCUAGGUUAUUAGGAAACCUGCCGAGUGGAGGAAACUCUGAAAAUAGCACCAUCCAAUCUGCCUUACCCUCUCUGCCUGACUUGUUCAUCAUUCUUAGUUCUCCCAGUCUACUCUGUUGAUUUAAUUACAUUCAAAAUGUUUGUUUUGUUUUGGUUUUGUUCCUCUGCUAGAGAAAUGACGUUUCUCAUAUAUUCUUGAACAAAGCCCUCUCCUCUGUCUGGAGCAUGAGCAGCUUUGGGAGAGGUGUUAUUUGGAGAGAUGAGGAAGCGAAUUUCACCUUCCUAGCCAAUAAGAUAACUGAUCAACAGGAUAGUGUGAGUGAAAGCCGGAUCUCCUUCACAUCCAGGUGUCUUUAUGCACAUACCAUACUGAGAACACUGUGGAUAGCUCAUGCAUUAGCACAUGCUUUGGCCCAUAAGUACAAAAAGAAUGGUGUCUAUAAUGUCCAUAGGAGAUAUCAUAUCUCCUAGGUGGGGAGGUAAGACAUGAAACUCCAGCUAACUUUUAAGGCUGCCGAUUUAUCUAAGUGGAAAUGCAGUAAGUUCGGGGCCAAGGGAGACCACUGUGGUCCCCAGUGUAUGGGCAAAACUUCCCAAAGGGAUGAAACUUGAAGCAAGCCCUAUAAGAAUGUUUAUUAUUAACUUUGCCUCCACAAUUUCCUGCUUCUUACCAUUAGUGGAUCUUGGCAGCCAGUUUUGCUGUCUUAGAAUAGAGAAUACUUACGGAGAGCCUAAUAAUACAAAUCCUGGUGCUUUGUGCAUUUCUGCUUAAAAACCAACUUCUCUUAACUCCCAAGAUCCUAAUAAUAGAAAAUGGUUAACUUCUCUUUGAGCAAAUGUAGCUGUCCUGUUCUCCUGACAGUUUUUCUUCUUCCCCAUUUAGAUUAUAAAUACACAGGAGCCUGGGACCAUGUGUUUCUUAUCCUUACUUUGUAAUUCCCUAUGGAUAAGACUGGCCCGCUUCGUACAUUGUAAUCUAAUCACUCACUAAGAGGUCUCUGUAUUUGUUGAAGGUGAUGGAUUAGCCUUUCAAGCGCCCCAGCCCAAGCAUUGCUGGUUGUCUUGGGCAUACCCAUCACCUGCCUUCUUCUGAUCUCUGUUUUCUCUUCCAACCAAAUAUGCUCCUGUUUGUUGUUUCUUUCCCCCUGACCACUCCAUUUCCUAGCAUAUUAAAUAUACUUUUCUGGAGAUGUCAAGACUUCCCUUAAGAAUAUGGGCUUUUAUUUGUGGCGGCCCACAUGCAUUAAUGGGAGAUAGGCAUGUUGGCUGAUGAAAUCUGCCCAAGUACAGAGAAAGCCUUAUUUGAAAGCACCCAAGUUAAUUUUAAAACCCAUCAAGUUAAUAUAGCUUUACUUUUUCAUUUAGGAAAUGUUUUUAGCUACUAUGUUUUCACUCAUUUAAUAUAAUCUUUCCUCAAAUUUACUUGAAUUCACUUUUUUUUCCAAUUCACUAAAAAUAUUUUUCUCCAGCUAUUGUUUUUAGACAACUAAUGAACCUUUUCUCUGUGGUUCUCUCCUGCAAAUGGGCUGGUUUCAAUAUGUGGGUUUUAAUUUAUAUAAUUGCUCUCUCUUAUUCCUCUUUGUGAUCCACUUUCCAUUCUGUUUAGCAGACACUGGUUGCUUUGUAAUUUUGAAAAAGGAAUAGCAUGCGUGUAUACCUGGAAAGAUAACAGCAAAAUUAUUCUUAAGUGAAAUGUUGUAUCUUGUAAACUAUUUUUGGUACACUGUCAUCUUGAAACCUAACUUAAAGCAAAUAUGGAUGUCUUCUCAUCAUUAAUGCUACACCGAUUCAUUUCUUUAACAUUAAAGAGGUAUUGAUUAGCUUCCUCCUCUGUGCCAGAUACACUUUCAAGUGGUGAGGAUCUAGCAUUGAACUAGACAGACAAGGACCUUGCUCUUUACCAGCAUACAUUCUAGCCGAGGCUACAGUUGAGAUGCAGACAACAAUCACAUACAAAGAUGGCAGUUGACUUCCCAACUCUUUUCCCCUUUACCAUUGCUUCAAGGUCACAUCUAUGACCUUGUUACCUGUAGUGUUGUGUUAAAUUUAGUCUCACGGUACUACUACCCCCAAUCUCGUGUUUAAGGGCCUUGUUCUAGUACAAGAGAGAAAGAAUAGAGAUGCUCCUGAGAGGGUCAAGUUUCUUGUUGUUACUCUGGAACUAAAUGUGCUUUACUCUCAGAAUUGUAAAGGUGAGAAUUCAUUCACUCAUUCAGCAAACACUUAUUAAACAGUGUAUCAGUCAGGGUUCUAUUAUGUUCCAGGCUUUUAUAACACCUACAUGCCCUUAAGUACCUCACACUCUAGAUGGAGGGUGAGAGACAUAAAAUAAAAAUUACUGAUAAAUGUUAUAAUAAAAACAUACAUAUAUCAAAUAAGGGGAGCACUACAAAAGCAGGAACUAACUCUACACGGGAGUAGGUUUCACCAUCAGGUCACUUCUAAACUGCAUCUUAAAUUUUGUUUAAUGUUUUAUUUUUUGAGAGACAAAGAGAGACACAGCAUGGGCAGGGGAGGGGCAGAGAGAGAAGGAGACACAGAAUCCAAAGCAGGCUCCAGGCUCUGAGCUGUCAGCAUGGAGCCUGAUGCAGGGCUCAAACCCACAAGCACGAGAUCAUGACUUGAGCCGAAGUUGGACGCUCAACCAACUGAGCCACCCAGGCACCCCACUUCUAAACUACAUCUUAAAGGUGGCUGGAAAUAGAGCAUGCUUCAUUUAUUCAGGGAAUGUUUACUGAGCACCUUCUAUGAACCAGGCACAGUUGUAGGCACCAUAGACACUGCAGUGAACUGGACAAAGUCCCUGUUCUCUUUGCAGCAGAGAAACCUACAAUAAGCAUAUGACAAAUAAUUAUAUAUUAGGUAGUGAUGCCUAUUAAUACCACAAAACAAAGCUUUAAUAAGGGGAACAGAGAGUGAUAACGGUUACUAUUUUAGAUAGGCUAGUCAGAGAAGGCCUCUAAUGAGAUGACAUUUGAGCAGAAUCCUGAAUGAAUGAGACCAAAAAGCAAAGGGAAGCCAUUUCAGACAGAAGGGCCAGCAUGAAUAAAGGUAUAAUAGUCAUGAAAAGUGUAACAUCUUUAGUGCAAAGUGAGAUAUUCUCACUGAGCAAGAUGAAAUGCAAGCAGGGAGAGUGUGGUAGAUGAGGCUGGGAAAGAAGGAAGAGAGGGAGGGAGGAAGAAAUGGGAAAGGUCAAGAACAGUUUCUGGGUCUAAGCUUGGGUGACUGAGUGGGUGAUAAAGCCAUUAACCAACUCAGGGACCCCUGGAGGAGAGGCAGUUUUAGGAAUGCAAAUAAUGAAUUUGAUUUGGGACAGUGGGAAAUACAGAAUUGGAUAUUAGGAGUCAGGGCUAAAAUACAAAUUUGGCUCUUACCAGCAUGUCAUGGAAAUUUAAAAAGAAGGAGCAAGAAGAGUAGUCAGCCUUGUCAGAUACUGCAGAGAAUUUUAAUAGGAUGAGAAUUUUUAAAAGGCCAUCAGAUUUGACAUUUGGAAGGUUGGCAAUAACUUCAAGAAGGCCAAUUUCAGUAGAUGUCGAUAGGGCAAAGCCACAUCAUGGUUCAGUUAGAAAGUGAAAGGGUAAGAGGCUGGGAUUGUCCAGCCAAGGUGACUGUCUUCUCCCUUCCCAGAGCUCUUCCUUGGAAACUUUGAACCUGAGGUCAGAUCUUCUCCCACUCCUUCCUUAACUUUCUUCACAUAAAGCCUAGUAUUGGAUGCUUGAGAUGGGGACAUGAUGGAGGGACAAAUAUUCUCAGAUCCUUGGGUCUCUGAUGGGAAAGGGGCCAGGGAUAGGGGAGCCUGAUGUUGGUGAAGCAGGUAUUAAAGGGAGCAUCUUCAGUGGGAACAGCAGGUCGGGCCUGUUCUGAGACCUGUCUCCAGAGGGGGAGAAAGAUGAAACAUAUAAGUCUCUGUUGUAUGUGGAAACUGGACCAGGAAGCUGAGGUAGGCUGCAGAGCAAAGGUUCUGGGGGGCUGGUGGGGGGAAACAUGAAAAAUUAGUCAAGAAACUCAGCCCCGGUGAAAGAGUACAAUGACAAAGCGUGAGGGCUGGGAGUGGAAGCUGACAGUUAACUGAUAGACACUAGAAGAAAUUUAGGGAGGAAUGCUUAGGUUUCUUAGAGCACAGGAACUAAAGAUGUGCAGGGGAGGCUAUUGGCAGUGCUUGUGACCACAAUGAUAGCAGUGAGGGGAUGGUUAAUGAAUUUAGGAAUGGUCCCAGAAAUACCUGGUAUAUAGAUGUUCAACAAAUAUUUGUGAAGCCAAAAGGGGUCGUUCCUCCACAGAUAAUGUGGAGGAAAAGGAUUCGAUACUGGAGUUCUGAAGAGCUGUUAGAAAAUGCCUAGGUUCCCUUCAGGGAGAGGAUGGAGGCAGUGACUGAGAUCCCAGACCUCUUAAAAGUACAAAGCCAGAGAGAGAGAGACCUAUACCACGGAGGGAGUUAGAAGCAUAGACCAGAAGCAUAGACCAGACUCGUUUAAUCCUGCAGACCCAAGGGAUUACCGGUAGGUCUGCUAGAUUUCCUCACCCCUGCGCAAAUACACCCCUGGCCUGUUUCUCUCACCUGCACCUCCAUCUCUGCCCACUAGGGGGCGGUGCUCGAGGGCAAGGCUGGCGGCUGUUUCGAAGCCUCGAGGACCAUCAGUUCCUACCAGACUCCCUGCUCUGGUGCCGUCUUACCCCAUGGCGGGACUCAGGCCCUCAUACGUCUCCCCACUGCCAGGCAGUGGUAGGGGCGGGCCCAGAGGACCGGUGCCGGUGCGGGUUGACACUCCGGUCUGGUUGACCGCCCAGGCGGCUCCGAGCAUGCUGAUGGUCCAGCCGGGAAUCCAGCAGGGGGUCAGCCCAGGCCCUGAGGUGUGGGAGAUGCCCCUGGGUCCCCUCCCAUACAAAUUCCGGGGUGGGAUGGCACCCUGCACGCCCGGGGUCGGAGCUGGCAAGGUGGGAGCCUGGUUCCCGAGCCCCUCAGAGGGCACCUUCCCCAGGCCCUACAUCGUCCUGCAGUGCAUCCCAAGGUUGGCACUGCCAGAGGACGUCUCAGCCAUAGAGAAAGAGAUGGAGCAGCUGGCCAAGGAGCUGAGGCGAAAGAGAAUGGCCCUGGGGUACUCACAGGCCGACGUGGCGUUCGCCGUGGGGGCUCUCUUUGGAAAGGUUCUUAGCCAGACAACCGUCUGCCGCUUUGAGGCCCAGCAGCUCAGCAUCGCCAACAUGUGGAAGUUGGGACUGCUGAUGAAAAUGUGGCUGGAGGAAGUGGACACCAAGAACUUUAUGGGUGUAUGCAAAAUAGAGAUGAUCCUGCAGCAGGCUCGGAAGCGAAGACAGGAAAGCAGGGAGCGACGCAUCGUAAACUAUCUGGAGAAACUCUUCUUGCAGUGCCCGAAGCCCACACCCCAGCAAAUCAGCCGCAUCGCCGGGCAGCUCCGGCUACAGAAGGAACUGGUCCGAGUUUGGUUCUAUAAUCGGAACAAGAUGGGUGGUCAGCCAACCAUUGAUUUCUCCCCACAGGAGGAUGUGGGGGCAGGGGGGUGGCCUCCUUUCCCAGGGGGGCCAGUAUGCUUUCCUCUGGCAUCAGGGCCCCAUUUUGGUUCCCCCUGCUAUGAAGAGCCGUAUUUUAUACACUUCACCCCUUACCCUGUGGAGGGGACCCACCUCUCUGCCCCAGCCACCCCUCUUGGCUACUCCAGGCUUUCAAACUGAGGGGCCCGCCCUUCUGGGCAGAGCUGAACUGGGGAAAUGGGUGAUGCCUGAGGUUCAUUUCAGGGCUGUUAACAUUAAGAGCUCCAUUAACUGUCUAAAGAGGUUAAUACUUAAGGGAUGGUUUGGGAGUUUAGGAAAUUCAGGGGAGGGAAGUUGAAGUUUAUUAUUCCAGUGUUUUUACCUAGCAUUGACUUUAAGGUACAUUACGUAUAUGGUUUAGGAUAUUUUGUUUCUCUCUCUCUCUGUUAUUAAUUGAAAAUUACUUGUGUCUGUUAUUCCUUGUGAUUAUCAGUAAACAUAGGAUUUUUUUCCUUAUAAACACACCAUUGGGUGAAAAAUUCAAACACAGAAGAUUAUUUCAGUAUACCUUUUUUUUUUUUUUUAAUCAAAACCAAGCAGAACUUUAUGUAAAAAUAAACAUAGAGUCCAAGAUAAUAGUAACCUCUGGGGGAAGGUUUGAGGGGUACAGAAAGAGUACACAAAACCUACCCAAGGGACCAUGCUGAAAUACAAGUGUUUUCUUGUGCUCCUCCCUUUCUUGAAAGAUGCUUUUUUUUUUCCUGCUAAUUCACCUUUUCAUUUAGAGUGCUCAGUUUCAGGUGGAGGUCUCAAUCCAGAUCUCCACCUUAUGGAAUCCCACUGGUUUAUCCACAGUCCUGCCCAGGUCAUUGUGUUUGGAACCCCUUUCUUACUGAGGUUGGCAAGGUGGACAACACUUGCUCAGCCUCAGCUCCAGCUUACUUCUCUGGUUCUCAGCUCCAUUUGGUUUAUUACCUGGCUGUUUUCCUUACUUUCCUUUGAACUCAGAUAUGCAUCUUAGAGAAUAUCUGUGAUGGUUGAGUCAACAUUCCCUGGUUUUUGUGAUGGUAUAUCUUAUACCACUUUUCCAAUCUCUCCUACGAAAUUGGUCUUUUCUGGUUUUCUCCUUCUACAUUGGUAAAUUUUGAUCAUCAUAUACUAAACAGAUAUACCUGCAUGUGAUAUUUAUUGCUUUCUGAUUCCAUCACUAAAUAUUAUAUAUGAGUUUGUCUUCUUAAUUACUAAUCUGUCAGUUUUUUCUUUCUCCUUUUUUCCCCUUAAUCAGCUCUUACAAAAUAUUUAUCUAUAGGUAUUUUCAAAGAACAAGUAUUUGUAAAAAUGUUUAUCUUAUUUACUGCUGUUUUUAUUUUAUUUUAUAAUUAAUUAACUUUUAGCUUUUAUUUCUAUUAAUUGCUUUUUUCUAGUUUUCUCUGAUUUCUCCCGAUGUAUAUUUUUCUCUUGUCAGUGUUUGAAGAUAAAACACUGAUGAUACAUAGAGGUUUGUGAAGAUAGAGACAAACUUUAGAUUCAACAGAUGACUAAUCACUUAUUCUUGGACUCUCCCAGUAAAAGUCACAGAGCACCAGUCUCAUUUCUUCCUUUUCCCAGACAGCCCUUCUGGACAACCUUGAAAGGGAGAUGUUUCUGCAGAGGGCCAGGUAGUAUUUAAUGCUGGGAUGAACAACUGUGGUUGUGUCAACAUUCAGCUCCUAAAAGAUAUGAGGAGGCUCUCUCUCACCCAGGCUGCUUCUUGAAUUCUGUAGCCCCUGCAUAUUUGGAGAAUUGGUAAUGGGCUUUUGAUCUCCGGAACAGCUCCAAGGACCUGCCUCAGCACCUGCACAGCUGCGUCUUGCACACAACUGCUGCACCUCUGGUUAGGCAAGCACCACGUUGUGUCAUUGAUCAGCCUUCACAUAACUUAAAAUGCGAUUUUUCCAUCACUGGUCCUCUUGACUUGACUAUGUAAAGAGAAAAGGCUGGACCUUAGGGAAACUUUGAUCUUUAAAGGAUUUCAGGUUUUUCAAAGAUUUAAGAUUAUGGGUAGAAACCUUAAUAAUAAAACCCCCCAAAACUGAGAAUUGAAUUGCCCUUAGAAUUGGGAGAAAACCAACAAUGUGGUGUCAGUGCUGAACAGUAUCAAAUAUACAGAGAUCAAAGUAACAUAAAAUCAAGUCAGAUAUACCAUGUCGGUAGCAAAGGUGUCAGUGAUACUAGAGUGAAAACAUUUUCAGUGGAAUGGUUGGCAGAGGCAAAAGUCAAACAGUAGUCCAGAGUCUCCGUAUUUACCAAAUUUCCCCUAAUGUCAAUUAAAAACACGAAUUCCAGCCACUCAAUAAGAUCUUCACCAUCAUUCCGAAAUAUUUCUUUUAUCAAAUGUUUCCUUUAUCUCAUGUUUUCUUUAGACAAGGCAAGUAUUCUUAACCUGAAGACGUCGAACCCCUUUACAGUACAGGCAGAAUAGUGUGUUUGUACAUGUGUGCAUCUUUAAAGAUGGUGAUGAUAGCUUUUAUCACAUUCUCAAAGGAGAUGUAGCUCUUUGUAGAUCUACGGUUUCAGAAUUUUAGAAAUACAUUCCCUUUGGCCACCUUACUCUCAAGAGUUUUCCCUUGACCCAAUACCAGUCUAACAGGUAAUUCCUGGUUUUCUUUGAAUCUGUAUAUUCUGGAUAUCUCUAGCUCAGCGUAGAAUAGAGGACCUGAACCACUUCUUACAUAAAUCUUUCAAAUUCAGCCAAAUACUCUAUUAAUUAUUGCCUUUAUUGUUCUUAUACUUUCAGCAGUCUUUGACACUUUAAAGAGUUUCCUAUCAUAAAGAACAAUUUCUCUUGUUCCUAGAAUCUUUCCUAUCUAUUGUCUAAGAAAACUUGAAGUGUUAAGAUAUGCUCCCUUAUUCCAAAACAUUAUUCUUGAAAUAUCAUCUAAAUGUUUUCUAUAAUUUCAUGUUUUUCAAGUAUACAUACUAUACAUCUUUGCCUGUUAUACUAAAACUACAUCAGGAGAUUUAUUUUUCAUUGUAGCCACUUCUGUUUAUAGCUUUCUUCUAGAAAUUGUCUUGCUUACUAAACAGUAUUCGUUUCCUUGGCAGAAUCUAUUUUUUUUUAGGGUACAAAAUUGUAUUAUCUAUGUAAAACAAUGUUUUGAAAGUGAAAACUACAAUGCCCUCCAAUAAAAUCCUAGUGGAAUAUGAGAGUAUUUCUUGACAAGGUGGUUGUAAAUGGAAAGAAUAAAACUUAGGAAAAUAAAAUUUUGAAGAAGAGAGUCAGGGUGUCCUUGUCCUACCAAAUAUUAUGAAACUACAAUAAACAGUAUGGUGGUGGUUACAGACAAAACUAACAAACAAUUAUUUGACUAUUCCAUUUUGUGGGAGUGUGAAUUGAGGCAACCUUCAUGAAAGGCUAUUGGAUAAUUCAUAUGGGAAGUUUUAAAAUGUGAUUUUUCUUUGGACAAUCAUUUCAACUUUAAUGAAUUUUUAUAAGAAAAAAUUGUAUGUGCGUGCAAAAUUUAAUGAUGAGGGUGGUCAUUAAAGCAUUUUUUUAGCACCAAAAAGUUAGAAACACCCUAAAUGUUCAACAAAGGCUAAGUAAAUCAAAAGGACCACCAUAUAUGUUAAAAAUUGUAUUAUAGAGUUACAGUUUUCACAAAAUUCAGAAUAGAUUGUUGAGUGAGGCAAAACAGUUUAUUAAGCUUUAUGAUACUUUUUAUUUUUUAAGGAAAAGGUGUGUUACAUAUAGAAAUAUAUACAUUAACUAUCGUUGGUGAUUUUAUAAAAUUGUUCUGCUAUAUGUAUUAUACAUAAAAAUAUUUAAGAAACAUUUCUAAAGGAAGGUGCUAGGAAAUCUAGGGUUCCUAAAAGUAUUCAUUCUUUCCAGUCUUUUUUUAUCUAUAAAAUGGUAAUUUUUAAUUAUAAGGCAAUUUUAUUUCAAAAUAUUAAAUUUGGCCUUUUCAUUUUUAGUCAGAUCUGUAGUUUCUUUAAAAAGAAAGGCAGUUCUCUAAACGGAGGAGUAUUGGGAUAUAUCAGAGACACAUUGCUAAAAAUUAGUUUUUUCCUUUAAAUCAGAUGCCCAUUAAUGUUAAAGAGCUGUAGUAUAGCUUAGUGAGUGAAGACACCUGCCAUAUGUCUGUUUUCCUGCACAACAUGGUAAUUUACAAUUACAAUCAGUGUGUUUAUAUACCUCAGUGGUGUUAACCCAUAUUUAGAAUAUAAUAUAAGCCCAAAUCAUCUUCAUGUUUCUGAAUGUUUACUUUUCAAUUUUAAAAACCAUUUCAAAGUAUCAAAAUCCUGUUUUUAUCACAGUAGAAUCCUCCUUGCUUGUCGUAUUUGAAGAAACCAAAUGAAUAUAAAUAAGAUCCAUAGACUUCUAGGUUUGAAGGCAGGGUCAGUUCCAGUGAUUACAGCCCCAGCCAGGUGAAAGCUGAACUGUCAUGAAAUGAAUCUACCCCUAUACCCAGUAAAAUCCUUAACGCAAAGCAUUAGCAUAAUCACAGUUACACCAGUGAAUAGAAACGUUACCAGACCAUCUUGAAGAGACUGUGUUGUUUACCGGGGCUAUCUUCAGAAAACAGUGCAGCACAUCAGUGUGUUGGGCUGCUGCCCUGCCACCUCACUUUUAGCUCGGAACCCUGCUGUGAAUUCUGCUACAGACAAAAUUAGCUACUUUGGCAUUGAACUUGGGCUUUUUAGACUUUCAUCCCCCAGUUUCCAACAAAAUGAUGAAGUACCAACCAACUUCACUUAUUACUGUUGACUCUGCUACUGACUGCCUGCCAAAGACUAGGGUUGGAAAAGGAAGAAUUGAGGCCUUCCUGAGAAUUCACUACAUUUUGGAUUCAAUAUUCGUUUCUAAAACUGUACAACCUGUUAUAUCUCUUCUUUUUCUCCAAAAGAGUAACUGCAUUGUUUAAUAAUUAGUCUUCUUCUUCCCCCCAGGAUGUAUGGUGUAGAACUCCUUUUAGUUGUUGGUGCAAUGGCCAGGGCAGUGUAUAAGAUGCUUUAAGUUGAUUUAUUAUCUUAAAAUGGAUGAUUAUGUUCCUAGAACAGCUGUAAAACUUUGACUAUUAUUGACUGAGUAGUGGGCAAAUCUUAAUAUAUACCUUUUUGUUAAAGGAGAGUUUGGUUCAGUAUACCAUGUCUUAGUUUGCCAGGGCUGCCGUAACAAGUACUCCAGCUUGGGGAGCUUAAAGAACAGAAAUUUAUUUUUUCACGGUUUGGAGUCUAGAAGGCUGUGAUCAAGAUGUGAGCAAGGUUGGUUCCUUCUGAGGGCUAUGAGAGAAGGAUCUGUAUCAGGCUUGUAGAGGCCCGCCUUCACCCUGUGUCUUCACAUUAUCUUCCUUGUGUAGCUACCUGUGUCCCAAUUUCCUCCUCUUAUAAAGACUCCAAUCAUUGGAUUAUGCACUUGGAUUAUGCAUUGGAUUAAGACCUCAUUUUAACUUAAUUAUCUCGGUAAAUAUCUCCAAAUAAAGUCUAGGGUACUGGGAGUUAGGACUUCAAUGUAUGAAUGUUUGUGGGGAAACAAUUCAGCUCAUAGCACCAGCCCAAUUAAAAUUUCAACUAGAUUUAAUUAUUUGCUUCUGUAUUCAUUCAGCAAAUAUUAAUUGAAUGCCCUAUAUAACAAGUAGUGUCCUAGGUGCUAAGAUGCAAUGGUGACCAAAAAUAGGCCCAUCGUAACCCUCAAGGAGCUUAAAGUAUGGUUAGGCUUGGACGUUAAGCAAAUAAACUUGUGAUUGCAACUUGUAAUAAAUACCAUGGGGUUAUCAGAUAUUGGGGGAAGGUCUUCAUUUAGAUUUUAUUUAUAGUCUUUUUAUAAUAUGUAUUGUCUCUGAUAACACCAGUGUUAACAAAUAUUCUAAACCAGAGGGACCUACCUGCAGUGGGAGUGUGGACCUAUAACCAAGCCAUAGUUAGGGACACAGGCAUUCCCAGAUUAAAAUCCCAGCUCAGUAACCUACAGUCUCUAAGUGAGUUAUUUCUUUCAGCUCCUUUUUCUCAUGUGUAAAAUAUGUCUAGCAAUCCACAGGGUGAGAGAUUUGAUAAAAGCAUAAAAUAGGGUAAUAUAGAAAGAACCCCCUAGGACUUCCCUUUAAUACAGUAGGCACUCAAUAAUUUUUCCCUCCAUUGUGUUUCCACUCUACUUGUCUGUGCUUUAUUUAUAGCUCAUAAGUCAUUCCUUUGCAUCCCUAGGAACUUUCACAUAGUGGGUGCUCAACAAUUAAUAGCCAAAAGUGAAUAAAUGAGAAAACAGAAAAAGUAGAAACAGUAGUCUCAGUUGCCAGAAACCUUACUAUCUGAUAUUAGGAAACAACUUUCAAAAUUGUAGUAACUGGAAAAUAGUCAUAAAGUCCAUUUCCUCAGUUCUCAAAUGACAACUAGGUAAAGGAACAGAUGAUAGUUUUGACUUGAAGGGUAUAGAUGAAAGCUUUUUGAAAACCCAUACAGUGUUAAGUCACUGAAAGGAAUGGUCUCUGAACUCAUUUCUAGCCUGUAAUAAUUGUAUGAAUCUCCACAAAUAAGAACAAAACAAUGCACCACAGACUGAAUAUGGGAGCUAGGAGACAGACUCUAGGAAUGGACCGAAUAGGGUGACACUGAUCUUCCUACUAUGAUUCCCAUUUAACCUCUCUAUUCUGAUAUACUGUGGCUCUUCCAAAUGUAGCCCAAUCCUGCCUUUAUACAUACUAUAAAAUGUUCACACCCUCUAGCUUUUUGGUUCAAAACCUACUGUAUUCAUUUGCUAGGGCUGCCAUAACAAAGCACCACAAACUGGGUGGCUUAAAGAACAGAAAUGUAUUGUCUCACAGUUCUAAAGAUCCAAAGUCCAAGAUGAAGGUGGGGGCAGGAUUGGUUCUUUCUGAGGGCUGUGAGGGAAAAUCUGUUUCAGACCUCUCUCCUCAGCUUGUAUGUGGCCAUCUUCUGUUUCUUGUCUCUUCAUAACAUCUUCCCUCUGUGCAUGUCUCUGUGUCCAAUUUUCCUGUUUUUAUAAGGACACCAGUCAGAUGGGAUUAGGGCCCACCCUAAUAAUGUCAUUUAAUUUAAUCACCUCUGUAAAGGCCCUGUCUUCAAAUAAGGUCACAUUCCGAGAUACUGGGGUUAAGACUUCAAAAUACACAUUUCAACAGGACACAAUUCAACCCAUAACACCCACCACUCCUGAUAUAGAGAAAAUGUAAGUGUGAGAUGUGGGGGAGGUAUAGGAAGGCAAAGAGACUUGUUUAUUUUUUUCUACAAAAGAGUUAAAUAAGAGGUGGCGUGAUAGAAAGGAAAGAACAUUACCCAUAGAGUCAAACUGCUUCGGAUCUGCAUCCUGUCUCCAGGCCAUUCACAUAGACAGAUCACCACUCUAAGGGAACAUUUCAGAAAAAUAACAUUUCUUCCAUCCCAACCAAUAACUUUAUGGGCUAAAGAAUUACAGUAGCUAUUUACUUGUAUCUAUUUUGGGAACAGAACAAUUGAAAUCUCCUCAGUGAGUUUGAGCAAUAUUAUCUUAGGAAGAAAAUUUUGAAUAUUUUCUGUUCCAGUGCUGGUUGGGUUGCAAGAAAGGAAAAGAAAGAAAGAGAGACAGAGAGGGAGAGAAAGAGAAAAGAAAAGAAAAGAGAAGAAAAGAAAAGAAAAAAGAAAGGAAACAAGAAGGGAGGAAGGGAAGAAAGAGAGAAGGGAGAGAGGAGGGAGGGAGGGAGGGAGGGAGGGAGGAAGGAAGGAAGGAAGAGAAAAUUUUGGAUAUUUUGAUAAAGAUGAUUCUCACUCUCUCCAGAAAAAUUGAUAUGUGAACCUAUUGAGAAAGCCCUGUCACUUUCCACUAAGCAUUGCCAGCCACUAAUUUCAUCAAGCUAAUGUAACAGGACAGUCAAGUGACUUGCCUUUAAUUUGUUAUGAUUGUGUUAUAUUGAUGAAAAGCAGAGCUAAAACAGCUGAUAGCAAGUGUUUAGACACUGAUUGUUUUAAGACUACUGCUAAAUCUAAGUAGACACCGAGUAAGUUUUCUCAGUACAGGAAGUGUAAAUCAUUCUUUCUGUAAUAGUAACUCAUUAAGUACAUGCAAAUACUGUAGAUUAUUACCUCAUUUCACACAUAUUUUUAUUGCUCUUCUCUGUCUGUAAAUAUGUAUUACCUUUGAGAUUUAAACUAAAGAGAAGUGGGAAAAGACUUACCAUACAGGAAUUUAUUGUGUUCUUUUCUCUCCUGAAGAAGCAAUCACACCAACACCAUAGGUAGAAAAGAACAUUUUGCUGUUUCUGUGUCACAUCAUUAAAGUAGUUAAUCUAAAGCCAUAAAUUUUUGUCUUCUGGGCCAAGAAAUUUUAAGCAAAAUACUAACAGAAAUGUUAUGGUUUUAAAUGAGAAGUGAAAGAAUCUUUAUCCUUUUUAUUUGAGUUUCCAGAAAUGGCACCCUCCAUAAAAAAUUAUAUCAUUUUUAUUUUUAAACUGAGUUUCUUGCAUUAGCCAGUAAACAAUUUAUUUGGUGAACAUUCUCUGUGCACAUAUAUACACCAUGUGAACAUUUAGGAAACAGAAGGUACUUGAAUUUGUGAGAUUUAAAUAUUUUCUCACAGUUGAUCCAGUGAUACUGCAGUUGAAAUAAAACCACAUAUAAAUGAAAUACCACUUUCUACUAAAAAGCUAGUAUAGAUUUUCUAUCAUUGUUUUAAUGAGGACAAUAAUGAUUCCAUGUAUUCAGUGGAAUAUCUCAUAAAUCUUUAGCAUGUUUAUCUCCAUGUACAUUCUAAGAUUCACCCAUAAAACUCCACCUGCCCCAAUCACAAAUACGCAUGUAUAAUUACAUGAUCUGACUACAUGUAUUUUUAUAUUCUUGCAAAUAUUAUUAAAUUUAUAGAGCGAUGAUUUCAUUUCUCACUGUUCUGAAAACAUGUGCACAUAUAUACUGAUAUUCAUAUAAAUACAGUAUAUGAAAUAAGAGCUACAUAGAUCAAAAGUAAUGCACCAUAACAAGGCAAGCGAAAGGCGAACACUGAGGAUGGCAGCUGUUCACCAUCUUCCAGACAUCCUUGCUGUAGCCCACAGAUCAACUCCUGCUCUUCCUCCAGGUUCCACAUUCUUACAUUCCCAUAAGCCAUUGCAUUAUACUUCUGUACUUCCUCAGUGACUGAGUAUCUACUAAGCACCUAUUAGGGGCUAAGCACUGAAGACUCAGAAUUAGACAAGGAACAUAUAGGCUAGAUUGAGUAAAGAAGUGAGAAAAUCAAAAAUCACCUCAACAGGUGGCCCAUAUUAGAGGAAUGGGCAAAUGAGCAGCACAGAGAAAGGAGCACAUAACUCACUGAGGGAUAUCCAGGAACGUUAUUAAGAGCCAGGACAACCUGAACUAAGACUUCACGGGUAACUAGGAGUUGUUAAGUGGAGAGUAUGAGAACCAGGAGAAAAGACCAAAAGUCAGGAAUGAAAGGAAAAGUGAAAAGAGUUUUUUUUGACAAAAAAUCUAGGCUAUGAUUAGUUACUGCAAUUCAGAGUUAAAUGUAGUGGUUACAAUCCUGGCAGCCAUAGCAAAAAAGUUACAUAGGUCUCAGUACUUAUGUACCUUAGUCUCAGUUGAAGCUAAUUACAUGAAUCUUCCAGAAUGUAUUAGGAAAAAUAUUUUAUUUUUGUUUUUAUUAUUAUUCCAGUAUAGUUAACAUACAGAAUUAUAUUAGUUUCAGGUGUACAAUAUAGUGAUUCACCGAUUCUAUGUAUUACUCAGUGCUCAUCAAGAUGAGUAUUCUCUUAAUCCCCUUCACCUUAUUUCAUCCGUCUCCCUACCGCCCUUCCCCUCUGGUAAUCCAUCAGUUCUGUAUUUUUGUAUCCUUUGGGUAAGUACCUAAUAGUGCAAUUGCUGGAUCAUAGGGUAGUUCUAUUUUUAACUUUUUGAACAACCUCCAUACUGUUUGCCAGAGUAGCUACACCAGUUUGCAUUCCCACCAACAGUGUGAGAGGGUUCCCCUUUCUCCACAUCUUCACCAACGUCUGCUGUUAACCAAGUUGUUCAUUUUAGCCAUUCUGACAAGUGUGAGAUGGUAUCUCACUGUAGUUUUGAUUUGUAUUUCCCUGAUGAUGAGUGAUGUUAAACAUCUUUUCAUGUGUCUGUUAGCCAUCUGGAUAUCUUCUUUGGAGAAAUGUCUGUUCAUGUUUUCUGCCCAUUUCUUCACUGGAUUAUUUGUUUUUUGGGUGUUGAGUUUGAGAAGUUCUUUAUGGAUUUGGGAUACUAACUCUUCAUCAGAUGUGUCAUUUGCAAAUAUCUUCUACCAUUCCAUUGGCUGCCUUUUAGUUAUGUUGAUUGUUUCCUUUGCUGUGCAGAAGCCUUUUAUCUUGAUGAGAUCCCAAUAGUUCAUGUUUGCUGUUGUUUCCCUUGCCUCUGAGACAUGUCUAGUAAGAAGUUGCUGUGGCUGAGAUCAAAGAGGUUGCUGCCUGUAUUGUCCUCUAGGAUUUGACAGUUUCAUGUCUCACAUUUAGGUCUUUCAUCCAUUUUGAAUUUAUUUUUGUGUAUGGUGUAAGACAUUGGCCUUGUUUCAUUCUUCUGCAUGCUGCUGUCCAGUUUUCCCAGUACCAUUUGUUCAAGAGACUUUUUUCCCAAUGGAUAUUCUUUCCUGGUAUUUUGACAGGGAUUGCAUUAAAUGCAUAGAUUGCUUUGGGUAGUGUAAACAUUUUAACAAUAUUUGUUUUCGAAUCCAUGAGCAUGGAAUGUUUUUCCAUUUUUUGUAUCAUCUUUAAUUUCUUCCAUAAGUGUUCUAUAAUUUUUAAACUACAGAUCUUUUAUAUCUUUGGUUAAGUGUACUCCUAAGUAUCUUAUAGUUUUGGGUGCAGUUGUAAAUGGAAUUGAUUCUUUGAUUUCUCUUUCUAUUGGUUCAUUAUUGAUGUAUAGAAAUGCAACAGAUUUCUGUAUGUUGAUUUUAUAUCCUGCGACUUUACUGAAUUCGUGUAUCAGUUCUAGCAAUUUUUUGGUGGAGUCUUUUGGGUUUUCUACAUAGAGUAUCCUGUCUGCAAAUAAUUUAUCUGCAAAUAAUGAAAGUUUGAUUUCUUCCUUGCCAGUUUGUAUGCCUUUUAUUUCUUUUUGUUGCCUGAUUGCUGAGGCUAGAACUUCCAAUAGUAUGUUAAAUAACAAUGGUGAGAGUGGGCAUCCCUGUCAUGUUCCUGACCAUAGAGAAAAAGCUCUCUGUCUUUCCCCCUUGAGCAUAAUAUUAGCUGUGGGUCUUUCAUGUAUGGCCUCUAUGAUGUUGAGGUAUGUUCCAUCUAUCCUACUGCUGUACUUUCUCAAAUGUUUUUUCUGCAUCUAUUGAAAGAUCAUAUGAUUCUUAGCCUUUCUUUUAUUAAUGUGGUUUAUCACUUUGACUGACGUGCAACUAUUGAACCACUCUUGCAGUCCAGUAAUAAGUCCUACUUGAUUGUUGAACGAUUCUUUUAAUGUACUAUUAGAUUCCAUUUGCCAGUAUUUUAUUGAGAAUUUUUGUAUCCAUGUUCAUCAACGAUAUGGGCCUAUAAUUCUCUUUUUUAAUGUGGUCUUUGUCUUUUUGGAAUCAAAAUAAUUCUGCUCCUGUAGAAUGAGUUUGGAAGUUUUCCUUCAAUUUCUGUUUUUUGAAACAGCUUGAGAAAAAUAGGUAUUAUCUCUUCUUUAAAUGUUUGAUAGAAUUCCCCUUGGAAGCCAUCGGGCCCUGGACUUUUGUUUUUUGGGAGAUUUUUGAUUACUGAUUCAAUUUCUUUGCUGGUUAUGGGUCUGUUCAAAUUUUCUAUUUCUUCCUGUUUCAGCACAGGAAGUUGAUAGUUUAUAUGUUUCUAGGAGUUUAUUCAUGUCUUCCAUAUUGCCCAAUUUGUUGGUGUAUAAUUUUCAUAAUAUUCUCUUACAAUUGUAUUUCUGUGUUGUUGAUCUCUCCUCUGUCAUUUGAGAUUUUAUUGAUUUGGGGUCCUUUUUGGUAAGUCUUGCUAGGGGGUUAUCAAUUUUAUUAAUUCCUUCAAAGAAUCAGCUCCUAAUUUCAUUGAUCUGUUCUACUGUUUUGUUUGUUUGUUUCUAUAUUAUUUAUUUCUGCUCCAAUAUUUAUUAUUCCCCUUCUUCUGUCUGUUGGCCUUAGGCUUUAUUUGUUGUUCUUUUUCUAGUUCCUUUAUGUGUAAGGUUAGGUUGUGUAUUAGAGAUUUUUCUUGCUUCUUGAAGUAGACCUGUAUUACUAUAUACUUCCCUCUUAUGACCAGUAUUGCUGCAUCCCAAAGGUUUUAGACUGUUGUUUUUCAUUUUCAUUUGUUUCUAUGUAUUUUUCUAUUUCUUCUUUAAUUUCCUGGUUAACCCAUUUAUUCUUUAGCAGGAUAUUCUUUAACCUCCAUGUAUUUAUGGUAUUUCCAAUUUUUUUCCUGUAGUUGACUUCAACUUUCCUAAUGUUGUCUUCAGAAAGCAUGCAUGUAUACCACUUCUCUAUCCAUCCAUCAAUGGUCACUUGGCACUGCUUCCAUAAUUUGGCAAUUGUAAAUAAUGCUGCAAUAAACAUAGAGAUACAUGUAUCCUUUUGAAUUCGUGUUUUCAUAUUCUGUGGCUCAAUACUCAGUAGUGGAAUUACUGGAUCAUAUGGUAAUUCUACGUUUAAUUUUUUGAGGAACUUCCACACUGUCUUCCAGAUUGGCUGCACCAGUUUCCCACCAACAGUACACAAGGGAUCCUUUGUCUACACAUCCUCGCCAGCAUUUGUUCCUUGUGUUUUUGAGUUUAGCCUUUUUGACAGGUGUGAAGUAAUAUCCCAUUGUGGUUUUGAUUUGCAUUUCCCUGAUGAGUGACAUUGAGCAUCUUUUCAUGUGUCUGUUAGCAAUCUGUAUGUCUUUUUUGGAGAAAUGUCUGGUCAUGUCUUCUGCCCAUUUUUUAAUUGGAUUAUUUGGUUUUUGGAUGUUGAGGUUUAUAAGUUCUUUAUAUAUCUUGGAUAACUAACCCUUUAUCAAAUAUGUCAUUUACAAAUAUCUUCUCCCAUUCAGCAAGUUGUCUUAGUUUUGUCAAUAGUUUCCUUUUCUGUGCAGAAGCAUUUAAUUCUGAUAUCACAUUUAGUUUCUUAAUCCAUUUUGAGCUUAUUUUUGUGUGUGGUGAAAGAAAGUGGCCCAGUUUCAUUCUUUUGCAUGUAGUUGUCCAGUCCCAACACCAUUUGUUGAAGAGACUUUUUCUCAUUGCAUAUUCCUGCCUCUUCUGUCGAAGAUUAUUUUACCAUAUAAUCAUGGUUUUGUUUCUGGGCUUUCUAUACUAUUCCAUUAAUCUAUGUGUCCUUUUUUGUGCUCAUACCAUACUGUUUUGAUUUCUACAGCUUUGUGGUGUAACCUGAAACCUGGAAUUGUGAGACCUCCAGUGUUAUUUUCCUUUUUCAAGAUUUCUUUGGCUAUUUGAGAUCUUUGAUGGUUCCAUAUAAAUUUUAGGUUUGUUUGUUCUGGUUCUGUGAAAAAAAAACUGUUGGUGUUUUGAUAGGGAUUGCAUGAAAUUUGUAGAUUUUUUUGGAUAGUAUGGACAUUUUGACAAUAUUCGUUAUUCCUAUCCAUGAGCAUGGAAUAUUUUUCCACGAGAAAUAUUUUCUUAACGUUAAAUGUAAAGAUUAACAUAUCAUUCCUCAGGUGACAGUGAGCAACACAAUAGAUAAUUUCUUUAAUUAUAUUAUUUUUGUUGAUAUUGUUAGUUAAGAAAAAAAAAGUUAUUCUUCAUGUGGCUGGUUUUUAUAUUGACUGAUGACAAAUAGCCUAAGCCUUAUUACUAAGAUUUGAGGUUUUUAAGGCCUUCCUUCUGAGAACUAGAAUAGUUUAGUAUAGUAUUGAUAUAAAGCUUCCUGAUGGUUUGCCUUGACACUACUGAUUAGCAAAUCUACAGAAAUUAAUAGUCAGCAGAUCUGCUGGCCUGUUGUUCUCUAGAGUCAAUUGCCGCCACGAGGCUUUUGAUAAAAAAAGGUAUUUCCUUUAAGCUUAUUAUGAUAUUAUAAAUACUGAGAAGGUUUCGGUUAUUGAAAAAAACUAUAAGGCACCAAAGGAAAUGUGUUACGUAGUAGUAGCCUAGUUUCCUUUGUUUGCAAAAAUACAUUUGAUUAGAAACUCAAGUUGACUGUCAUGGAACAGUUCUACUGUCUCUGCCCAUGACACUAGAGAUUGAAUAGGUGUCUAAAUUUGUGUACCAUAUAAUUUAACUAUGAAAAAUAAUUAAUCCAUCUGUGUUUAAUUCUCAUGUGAAAUAAAAAUGACUGCUAUAACAUACUCCUGUAAAGUCAUUCUUAGAACGCCCUGAAAAAAAAAAAUCCUCAUAAAAAUCAUUGCAAAGUACUUAGGAAGCCAUAAAGAACAAUGCAGUGCUUCAUAAUGCUCUUUUUUGUAAAAAACAAACAAGCAAACAAACUUUAAAUAAGUCUAAUGUUGCUUCCAUCCAUAAAUACUGAAAUGCUUUCACAUAUAGUAAUUCUAAUAAAACUACCUAAAAUGAGUCCUUAGUAUCAACGUAGAAUUUGAAGACUGAAUAUUUUUCCCAAAUCAAGCAAACUCACCAGUUUCAGAGCCAUCAAUAAACACAUGUGUCUUGACAUCCAUGCUUUGUCUUUAAAUACCAAGUGAUACUUUUUUUUUUAAUUCAAAUUAGUUAACAUACAGUGUAGUCUUGGCUUUAGAAGUAGAACCCAGUGAUUCAUCUCUUGCAUAUGAUACCCAGUGCUCAUCCCAACCAGUGCCCUUCUUAAUGCUGAUCACCUAUUUAACCUACCCUCCACCCAGCUCUCCUCCAGCAGCCCUCAGUUUGUUCUCUAUUUAAGAGUCUCUUAUGGUUUACCUCCUUCUUUCUUUUUAUCUUAUUUUUCCUUCUCUUCCCCAUGUUCAUCUGUUGAGUUUCUCAAAUUUCACAUAUGAGUGAAAUCAUAUGAUACCUAUCUUUCUCUGACUGACUUAUUUUGCUUAGCAUAAUACCCUCUUGUUCCAUCCACAUUGUUGCAAAUGGCAGGAUUUCAUUAUUUUUCAUUGCUGAGUAGCAUUCCACUGUAUAGAUAUACCACAUCUUCUUUAUCCAUUCAUCAGUCAGUAGACAUUUGGGCUCUUUCCAUAAUUUUGUUAUUGCUGAUAGUGCUGCUAUAAAUAUUGGGGUGCAUGUGCCCCUUUGAAUCAGCAUUUUUAUAUCCUUUGGGUAAGUACCUAGUAAUGCAAUUGCUGGGUUAUGGGGUAGUUCUGUUUUUAAUAUUUUGAAGAACUGGGACACCUGGGUGGCUCAGUCAGUUAAGCAUCCAACUUCAACUCAGGUCAUGAUCUCACAGUUUGUGAGUUUGAGCCGGGCUCUAUGCUGACAGCUCAGAGCCUGGAACCUGUUUCGGAUUCUGUGUCUCCCUCUCCCUCUGCCCCUCCCCACUCACACUGUCUCUCUCUCUCUCUCUCUCUCUCUCUCUCUCUCUCUAAAAAAUAAAUACACAUUAAAAAAAAUUUUUUUAAUAUUUUGAAGAACCUCCAUACUGUUUUCCAGAGUGACUGCACCAGUUUGCAUUCCUACCAGCAAUACAAAGGGUUCCCCUUUCUCUGCAUCCUCACUAACAUCUGUUGUUUCCUGAGUUGUUAGUUUUAGCAAUGUUGAAAGGUGUGAGGUGGUAUCUCAUUAUGGUUUUGAUUUGUAGUUCCCUGAUGAUGAGUGAUGUUGAACAUCUAUUCCUGUGUCUGUUAGCCAUCUGGAUAUCUUCUUUGGUGAACUGUCUAUUCAUGUCUUCUGCCCAUUUCUUCACUUGAUUAUUUGUUUUUUGAGUUUGAGUUUGAGAAGUUCUUUAUAGAUUUUGGAUACUAAUCCUUUAUCUGAUAUGUCAUUUGCCACUAUCUUCUCCCAUUCCGAAGGUUGACUUUUAGUUUUUUUGAUUGUUUCCUUCAUUGUGCGGAAGCUUUUUAUCUUGAUAUGGUCCCAUUAUCAAGGGUUCAUUUUUCUGUUUAUUUCCGUUGCCUCCAGAGACACGUAAAGUAAGAGGUUGCUGUGGCCACGGUCAAAGCGGUUGCUGCCUGUUUUCUCCUAUACAAUUUUGAUGGUUUCAUGUCUCACAUUUAGGUCUUUCAUCCAUUUUGAAUUUAUUUUUGUGUAUGGUGUAAGUGACACUUUUUAGCCUAAGUUAUUUCAACAGACAAAUUUUGUGGGGUUUUUUUUUUUGGUUUUUGUUUUGUUUUGUUUGUUUUUUCAAUCUUAUUUGUUUUGAGAGCGAGAGAGGGAGAGAGAGCACGAGCAGAGGAGGGGCAGAGAGAGAGAGAGGAUCCCAAGCAGGCUCUGUGCUGACAGCCCCAAUAUGGGGCUCGAACCCAUGAGCUGAGCCAUAAGAUCAUGACCUGAACUGAAAUCAAGAAUCAAUUGCUUAACCAACUGAGCCACCUAGGUGCCCCACAGGCAAAUUUUGUUUAGAAAACAGGCCAGAAAUCUUUUAGGAUCCAGCACUGAUAGGUCUAUUUCUUAUGAAUAUGUAUUACUUCUGAAAAUCCCCAAAGUAUGUAUGAUUAAAUAGUUGUUAGGUGAAUAAUUUUGAGACAUUUGCUUAUGGUAUCAGAUUCAUGUCUAAUGCAUUCCAUGAGGCCAUUGCCUUUUCAGACCCUUACUACCAACAGAGAAUAGCCAGAGGUAGAUAGCCUAGUUACUUAAGGUUUCUAAUAGUUAACUAUGUGGGAAUUUAAUAAGGAUAUUUAGAAAGUGGAAGGUAAGUAAUCAUUCUGAGAACACAGGUAUUUUUAUUGGAGUUGUUUGUAACUCGAGGUGGACUUAUAGUUCAUUCAAAUCAUAAUGCGAGAUGACAGGUUUUUUUCCUAGUCCAUUUUUACAAUGGUUUACAUGUUAAAGUGCAAGCAAUAUGAAAAUUCAUUCUGGAAAAGCACUUGUUGCCCAGUGCCCAUGGCCUUCUUACCCAAGAGAAAUAGCUGCACCUAGCUCUCAGUUGUUUAUGAGUGCAUUGUUUUUUCAGGGAAUUAUCUGCAGUAAAACCAUCUUUGGUUAGCAUUCCUUUUUUUUUCCCCCAGUACAUUUCUGUGCCUCUUUUUCCCAAUAUUAUGCUCAUGUAUUUUCAGCAAAUGUAAACUACUUUUAGUUGUGCCUAGAAAAACAUAGUAAGGAGAAUAAGCUCCUUCCCCUCUCCCACUGCCCUCCUCUCUUCAUUAUGUAAAUAUUAAAAAACUGAAUAAAUAUUAAAUAUUAGAAAACUGAAUAUGAAUUAUUUUGGAUUACUUACCUGUGUGGUUAUCUGUAGCACUUACUUGGAUAAUUCAGACCCUUCUUGCCCUUAAACACAUAUUAACAUUUUGCUGCCUGACUAGCUCGGUUGGGAGAGCAUGAGACUCUUGAUUUCAGGGUUGUAAGUUUGAGCCCCGUGUUGGCUGUAGAGAUUACUUAAAAACAUGUAUUAACAUUUUUUUAGAUGCUACUAUUAAAAUGUACUGUAUAGUUAUUUCACAGAUUCAAAUAUGUACACAUGAAUUCAAAUAUGCACACAUGAAUAUCAUUCUCACAUUUUAUAGAAGUUGAAAAAAAAAGAGUAGAAUACAAUCUAGUCUUUUAAAUUACUGUGUUAGUAGAGACUUCCUUCAUUAUAAGUCGCAUUACUCCUAUUCAAACUUCUUAGCAAACAAAAGUAAUUUAAUGAUUCAUGUAAAUGGAGAAACCCAAGGGUAAAUCUACUUCUGGUACAACUAGAUAUUGGGGCUCAAACUCUGUCAUCCAGACUCUCUCUCCAUCUUCUUCUCUACUUUUCUUUGCCAUUUGGCCUCAUUCUUUCUUUCUUAAAACAGGGCUUUCUCUCACCGGGUACAGGGAGGGUAGAUAUAAGCAGAUGUAGCAUCUUCUAUUUAGCAAUAUCCCAGAGAAAAAGUGCUAGCAUCCGAAUAAGAAUGUUAGUGAAAAUUAUUGGCCCUGCUUGGGUACUAUGAUGAUCCCUGAACUAAUCACUGAAGCCAAAGAGAUUGAAUAGUAGGACUGGCUGUGAUUGGCCAGCCUGGCCUAGCCAUGUCUUGAAAGGGUUGGGGCUGAGCAUGACAUUGUAACUGUUAGUCCAACAAAAACUAUGUGAAUUGAAGAGGAGAGCUUUCCCAAAGAAACAUUUUGGAUAUGCCCCAUAGUUGUCUAGUUUCUUGGAAAACGUAAUGUACGUGCCACAGUCAGAUGCUUAUGUUAUCUGAUGUAGAGAGAAGAGAAAAUGUGGGGUGACUAAAUACAGAAAGAUCCUACUUUUUAAGCUCUUGAACUGAUCUGUCAGCAGAUUAUUUUCCCAUUUGUGAUUUUGAAAUAGAUCUAAAUGUUCAUACAAUGCCCUGGGUCAUCUUGCUGCACUUACCUUUUACUGCAUCAAGCCUAUGACCCACUAUGUGGAGGGCCUACUUGCACAAGUAUUCAUUCCAGCUAGUACCUUCAAGUUGUAAACGAAUGGUGGUCCCAUUCAUUUACCCACCUGUAUCCUAAGAUAGCUUAGCAGUGGCUGUACCACAGAACGGUUUUAACAUUUGCACAUACACAGACUUCAUCCACUGGUUGUUCAUGUUAAUCCUACUUUAGCAAUUGCUGCAAUAAAAUUAAUCUUUUCAAAGGAAAGCUUCUGAUGUUUUGGGGUUAUUUCCCCCAGUUUUUAAUUUCUCUCUUGGUUAUACUUUUAUUUGGUAUCUAUCUUUUAGCAUGUAAUAGAACACUGUAAUACUCUUUUUUAUGGAAAUUACUUGAGAUUAGGAGGGUCCUACAUACUUCUGACAAAAUUGUCCAUUAACUGUCACAGACAAAUAUAUUAUGGCUUAUUUUUUUAAAUAAGUGAAAAAUAAAAAUCUAGGACCUAUUUUGUUAGUCAUAAAUUAUUUUUAUAUCUAAUUGAAAUGAAUUCUUACAAUCUGUUUGCUUUUGUUCUUUUCCCCAGUUCUGAUAUUUUAUUUCUUAUUUCCCUAAUUAUUUUAUUGGAUGUGAUCUUCUUGUCAUCUGCCUUAAAUCCUUGGUGGAAAAAAGUAGGAAUAUUAGUGAAUCAGUAAAUUACCCAAGCAAACCAAAAUUACCAAUGUAUCAGUUGCUCUUCGUCCACUUCUGCCCUCAGAGAAGAUAAAAAAUAUAUGGUCAAUGUCCUCUCAAUGCUUUAUAUUCAAUAAAAUUUGUUACCUCGUGACUAGAUUUCAAAAUUAGAUUGCUCUUACAUACAAACAUACUCAUUAAGUGCAUUAAUAGGCAAGUCUAUUAUAAAAUAUUGUAUUUCACUGAUUACAAGAUGCAGUUGUAACUACAUAACAUACAAAUAUAUCUUGCAGUUAGUGUCAUAAGAAAACAUUGUGUCAGGAGCGCUGGGUGGCUCAGUUGAUUGAAUGUUGACUUCGGCUCAGGUCAUGAUCUCAUGGUUCGUGGAUUCGAGCUCCACGUCGGGCUCUGUGCUGACAACUCAGAGCCUAGAGCCUGCUUUGGAUUCUGUGUCUCCCUGUCUCUCUGCCCUUUCCUCAACUCACACUCUCUAUGUCUCUCUCUCAAAAAUAAACAUUAAAAAAAAACAAAACAAAACAUUGUGUCAUAGUUUAAUUGGCAGUGUUUUUUUCUUCCUAAGUGGUAUGGGGAAUAAUGACAAACCUUAAAAUUAAUGGCAUUUUGAAUUUGAUGACACAUAGUGCUCUAAUUAUCCUUCUUCAUUAUCCUGAAGAGUUUCAUUUACGUGAAAAUUCUGCCGAUCGACAUCUUUUAAGAAGUCUAGGUUUGGCUUAAAGAUUCCCUUUUGGGGGUGCCUGGGUGGCUCAGUCGGUUAAGCGUCCGACUUCAGCUCAGGUCACGAUCUCACUGUCCGUGAGUUCGAGCCCCGCGUCGGGCUCUGGGCUGAUGGCUCAGAGCCUGGAGCCUGCUUCCGAUUCUGUGUCUCCCUCUCUCUCUGCCCCUCCCCUGUUCAUGCUCUGUCUCUCUCUGUCUCAAAAAUAAAUAAACGUUAAAAAAAAAAUUUAAAAAAAAAGAUUCCCUUUUGUAAAGCUAAGUUUAUUUUUGUAACGUUAAUAGUCACUUCCUAAUGUAUCUAUUUUAUAAAAUAUAAAUUUUGUUGCUGUAUUUCUUAAUUCGGAGCACGCUUACAUUAACAACACCAUUCAGCCAUCCUUUUCAGUUCUUGUUGUAUGUACAAAAACCACUGGUGUCACUUAGAUAUUAGUAAUUCAUUUUUAAGAUUUGGAUGUAAUUUUAUAUGUUUCAUUCAAAGUGAAGACAGUGUAAUAUUGAGAACCUGCAACUCUUAUAUGUGAAACUAUUUACAUUAAUCUCGAUAAUUCAGUUAUGACUCUCUUGCUUUAAAUCUCUUUGGUAUGUUUCUGUUCUGAUUUAGUGCCUGGUUUAAAGAUUAAUGUUACAGGGUAAUUUACUGCAGCUCCACAGAUGGUAUUUGAAUCUUCAUAAAUGGGCUUUGGAAUCUGUGCACAGUUCCAUAUAAUGUUAGGUUAACAUCAGUGUAAAUGUGGAACUUAAAACGAUUCUAAAAAAUCGUGAUAGAAAUUUCAUUAUUCCUUUUCUAAAAACCAUAAAUUUUGAGGGAAUUUCAUGGGCAAAGUAUUUUUACUUCAGUAGUGUGGUUACGAUAUAACUAGCCCCUUAUAUUUGAAAUCACCAGCCCCUGUAUGUUGAAAAUAAACAUCAAAAAUAAGCUACCUUGUUUUAAACCAUUCUGAAAUUCUCGUCACAGGAGAAGUUACUGUUCUUAUUUUUACAGCUUCCUAUAUGAAA